AUGUCCCUUUUGAGAUCAGUAUCUUCUAGCGCAAGAGUAGCGACUAGAAGAACACCCCUAAUUGGAUCGUUUAUCAAAUGUCCUACAUCUCUACAGUUGCAAUAUCCAAGAAGAAGGAUAUCGAAUAUUUCAAAUAGCAACAUUGCGAUCACUGAAAAAGCUGUUUCCCCAUUUAAAAAUAGUUUGUUUAAAAUUGCAUUAACAAGAUCUUUAUUUACGGAAACGACACAUUCAUGUGCUAAAUGUGAGAAAGUCGCGAAGCAACUAAUUGAAAAUACUACCGUGAACCGUGAAAUAUUACCAACCAAUGUCUCUCCGUUGCAUUACCAUCUUCAGAUUGAACCAAAUUUCGAAACCUUUAAAUUCGAAGGUAUUGUAAAGAUUGAUUUAAAAGUCAACGAGAAAAAUAUUGACACUGUGAAUCUAAAUAGUUUAGACAUCGAUAUCCACUCCGCUAAUGUUGAUGGUAUUGAGGCUACUUCUUUUAAUGUUAACAACGAUGCUCAGAUUUCUGUGUUUGGGUUUCCUAAAGGAACUUUCGCCACUAAAGAGAAUGCUGUCCUGGAGAUUAAAUUUACUGGUACUUUGAAUGAUAAUAUGGCUGGGUUCUAUAGAGCCAAAUAUGAAGAUAAAUUAACUGGUGAAACCAAAUAUAUGGCUACUACUCAAAUGGAACCUACUGAUGCAAGAAGAGCAUUCCCAUGUUUUGAUGAACCAAACUUAAAGGCAACUUUCGAUAUUACAUUAGUUUCUAAACCUCAUUUGACUCAUUUAUCUAAUAUGGACGUUAAAGAUGAAUUAAUUACCGAUGGUAAGAAGAUUACUCAUUUCAAUACUAGUCCUAAGAUGUCAACUUAUCUUGUUGCCUUUAUUGUAGCAGAAUUGAAAUAUGUUGAAAAUAAUGAUUUCCGUAUUCCAAUUAGAGUUUAUGCUACACCAGGUAAUGAAAAAAAUGGUCAAUUUGCUGCCGAUUUAACUGCAAAGACUUUAGCAUUUUUUGAAACAUCAUUUGGUAUUAAAUACCCUUUACCAAAAAUGGAUAACGUUGCCAUUCAUGAAUUCUCUGCUGGUGCAAUGGAAAAUUGGGGGUUAGUCACUUAUAGAGUGGUUGAUUUGUUAUUAGAUAAAGAACAUUCUACAUUAGGCAGAGUUCAACGUGUUGCUGAGGUUGUUCAACAUGAAUUAGCUCACCAGUGGUUUGGUAAUUUAGUGACAAUGGAUUGGUGGGAAGGUUUAUGGUUAAAUGAAGGGUUUGCUACUUGGAUGUCAUGGUAUUCUUGUAAUGAAUUCCAACCUGAAUGGAAAGUUUGGGAACAAUACGUUACUGAUACAUUACAAGGUGCAUUAGCUUUAGAUUCUCUAAGGUCAUCACAUCCAAUAGAAAUUCCUGUUAAGAGAGCUGAUGAAAUCAGUCAAAUCUUUGAUGCAAUUUCUUAUUCUAAAGGUGCUUCAUUAUUAAGAAUGAUUUCAAAAUGGUUAGGUGAAGAUGUAUUUAUUAAGGGUGUCUCUCAAUAUUUACAAAAAUUUAAAUAUGGUAAUGCAAAAACUGAAGAUUUAUGGAAUUCAUUAUCUGAUGCAUCUGGUAAAGAUGUUCGUUCAGUAAUGAAUGUCUGGACUAAACAAGUUGGUUUUCCAAUAAUUUCUGUGGAAGAAAAUGGUAAUAAGAUUACAUUCAAACAAAACCGUUAUUUAUCAACUGGUGAUGUCAAACCAAUAGAAGAUGAAACUUUGUACCCAGUAUUCUUAGCCUUGAAGACUUCCAACGGGGUCGACAAUGAGAUCGUGUUAAAUGAAAGAUCAAAGACAAUAGAACUUAAGGAAAAUGAUUUCUUGAAAGUCAAUGGUGAUCAAUCUGGUAUUUAUAUUACAUCAUAUAGUGAUGAAAGAUGGAUGAAAUUAGGUAAACAAGCCAGUUUAUUGUCAGUUGAAGAUCGUACAGGUCUUGUUGCUGAUGCCAAGGCUCUUGCUGCCUCUGGUUAUUCUUCAACAACCAAUUUUUUCAAUUUGAUAUCUAAUUGGAAAAAUGAAUCCUCAUUUGUCGUUUGGGAACAAAUUUUGAAUAGUAUCUCUUCAUUAAAAUCUACAUGGAUUUUUGAACCAAAAGACGUUCAAGUUGCAUUAAACAAUUUCACUAAUGAUCUUGUUAAGACUAAAUUGAAUGAAUUAGGAUGGGAAAUUGAACCAACCGAUUCUUUUGCUAUUCAAAGAUUAAAAGUUUCACUAUUUGGUGCUGCAUGUGCUGCUAGAGAUUCUCAAAUGGAGAAAAUUGCUACUGAUAUGUUUAAUAAAUAUGUUGAAGGUGACAAAACUGCCAUCCCCGCUUUAAUUAAACCAAUUGUAUUUAAUGUUAUUGCAAGAAUUGGUGGUAAAGAAAAUUACGAAAAGAUCUAUCAAUUAUAUUUAAAUCCUGUAUCAUCUGAUGAAAAAUUAGCUGCAUUGAGAACUUUAGGUAGAUUUGAAGAUUCUGAAUUGAUUAAAAGAACAUUAAGCUAUUUGAUGGAUGAUAAAGGAACUAUAUUGAAUCAAGAUAUUCAUAUUCCAAUGCAAGGUUUGAGAGCCCAUAUCAAUGGUAUCAAUGCAUUAUGGGGAUGGACUCAAGAUAAUUGGGAUCAAUUGACUACCAAAUUACCACCUGGUCUAUCAAUGCUAGGAUCCAUCGUGUCAAUCUCUACAUCUGGGUUUACAUCCUUAGAUAAGAUCGAAGAAAUUAAACAAUUCUAUGAAAAUAAAUCAACUAAGGGAUUCGAUCAAGGGUUAGCACAAUCAUUGGAUACUAUUAAAUCUAAGGCUCAAUGGGUAGAAAGGGACCGUUCUGUAGUAUUACAAUAUAUGAAAGAACAUGGAUAUUACAAAUAA